CUGCUGCCAGAGAGGAAUUCAGUCUCUUUACUGUGGAGGUUUGCUCCUCUUAUUUGGUAAGAAAGCAUAAGCUUGUGUGCUUUAAUCUUUUUUAUAUAUAUAUCAUCAUCCAGCCAUGGCUCACCGUCUGUUUGAAGGCAAAGAGCAUGCUGCUUCCUAUUGGAAAUACAGGAUCUCUCCAUCAGAUCAUCUAAUGCAGCAAGUGUUUGACUUCUUGGAAAAGAAAAAAGGUCGGCCCUUUAAACUGGCAGUGGACGUGGGCUGUGGCUCUGGACAGGGAACACUGGGACUGGCCAAACACUUUGAUUCUGUGGUGGGGACAGAUGUGAGUCCUGCUCAGCUAGAAGUGGCUUCACAGUAUGCUAAAGAGCCAAACGUUACUUAUAGACAGUGUGUUGCAGAGGAGCUGCCGUUCGCUGACAGCUCAGUGGACCUGGUGACGGCCAUGUCUGCCUUCCACUGGUUUGACAGACCACGCUUUCUCCGAGAGGCCCACAGGGUCCUGAAGCCUCGCGGCUGCUUGGCUCUGCUCAACUACACUGUUGACAUGGAGCUCAGCUACCCUGACUGUUGCUCACACACACUGAACCAAAUCUGCAAAGAGUUUUAUGCAGCCUUGCACCCAUACCGCAAUCCCUGCCUUGGUCCGAGCUCUAUUAUUCUGUACCGGGAGUCGUAUGAGUCUCUUCCUUACCCUGACAAGGAGUGGCAGGAGUGUGCGUGGGACAGAAGGCCGAUGCCUCUGUCCAGCUACAUGGGGUUUGUGGAGUCUUUCUCCAGCUAUCAGGCUCUGCUGAGAGAGGAUCCACAGAAGGCCUCCAGUCUGUCCCAGGACAUCUGUCAGAGGCUCAUGUCUGUAAUGAGGGUGACCUCUGCAGAGACAGAGGUGGUGGUGGCUGUCAGGUAUUUCUACCUUUUGGCCUGCAAACCACAGGAAGCCUGACUCCUGGAAACUCCUGCAUUUUGAACAAAGUCAUGAAUCUUAUUAAGGACACAGAAACACAGAAAGUUGAUUUUAUCAACCUUUCUCUAUGAAUAUGCUUCUUUUUGACAUCUAAAAUAUAGAUAAAGAUAGUGUGUUGGCUGUUGCUUACUGAUGUAAUAAAAUACUUAAGGUCUCCAAGAACUGUUGUGUAAGAUGACCAGUGACACUUUGUUACAGACAACUGGAUGAGAGGAUUGAUGCUACUCCCAUGUCUUUAUGUCACAUGUAUGUUACCAUGGGUGUGAGUUUCUUUUAAAUGUUGUCUGUUUCCAUCUAGAAUAGUCAAUAAUUACAUUAACAAUGUCUAAACUGUAUGUUUGAUUAAUUUAAUGCUAUCUUUAUUGGAAAAAAAAAAGCUUAUCUUACAAAAAUAAGGACAUUUCUAAGUGACCCUAAACGUUUGAAUGGUAGUCUAAGUCAACAUGUGAAGUAUUUGAUGAGGUUGUUUUACUAAGAACCACUAGAGGGCGGCAUAUGAGCAAAAGUUUAAGUGAUCACUGGCACUUCACUGCACACAGGUCACCCUACUGUUGAUCUGUGACCUGGUAGAGGACCAGCACCAGAGGGAGGGCCCUUUGUUGACUGAGAGAGAUCAGAAAUGGAAAGUGCCCAGGCAGGUCAAAUAAAUUUUAAUGCCCGGAUUAACUUCCUCUCAGGUUUUGAGACCAGAAGUGAUUUUAAAAAAUAGACCAUGUGCUGUUGAUGUGUUCAUCUGACGAUGUGCCACAUUGGAGGGAAAGAAAUCCACUUUUACUUGAAGAGGUAAGUGGAGCUCAUGUGGGUAUUCUGAAUGUUAGAAGCCAUUUUCAUCAUCGUGUUGUCUUUAUUUGAAAGUGCAUUGCAGCUUUUUCUGAAUCUUGCUGAAACUCUUACAGAGACAAUACAAGAUUUUUUUUUUUACUUUACUUGUCCUCACAUCCAUAGACAACUGUUUCACUUUGCAGGGAUAGUAACUGCUUUUGGUGUAGCUUUGUGGACUAAAGUGGAUUUAUGUGUUUGUUUUGUCACAGUGAGCACAAUAACCCUUUCGAUUCUUAUUUAUAAAGAGCUCUCCUCAGCAGAAAUGAGUAAUUGUGAUCCGUCUUUACCACGGAUAAAUCCUCUGUGUUUGUCUCUCAGUCUUUAUUAGUGUUGCGGACUUCCUUAUUAGCCAUAUUUGUUAUGCUUUAGCAGUCUUCAUCCCUUACUUCGAAGGCCUGACCUGAUACUAAAUCUUAAUUUGUUCUGGAGAUAUUUAUUUCAGACACACUGUAGUGCCAGCAGUGCAGGAGUAUUAAAGCAUCAGUACAUUUGUGCUGCCGGUAGCUGCUGGCAUGGCUGGAGGUCAUUCCUUGACUGUGACUGGCAGGUGUUGCAAGUGGGCAUGUGUGUAUUAUCUGCAUUCAGUGGAACACAGAGGCAUGAAGUCAGUUUUCUUCUUUUUGGCCUUGAGGUAUUUUUAGAUUUAUUUACCUCUGACUCCUACUCCUUACAGCUACCACACUGCCUAAUCCUGUGUAUGUGUGUACUUGUUCUAAAAUGUUUCCCAAAAUAAACAUUAUCACUGA